CAUCCUCAGGUAUGCCUUCUAACCCUCAACUGCGCUCCAGCGACUGUCAGCGGAGGCAACAACUACUCCAGACCCCGGAGCCGGUCGAUGCGCUCUCCGUCUCUCGUGCGUCCUUCUCUCGGCUGGAUGGAACAAACACGUUACGGCCACAGGGGCAAACUCGCGCUGUGAGAACUUCCACGGUUCAGAAGAAGUGAUUUUCAAAAAAGAAAAAAGAAAAGCCUCAGCCAUGGCGACAAUAGGGGAUUUCGACCCACUCAACUCCGCCGUACCUGCGACAAAGAUUGAAAUCACCGUUUCGUGCAGAAACCUGUUGGACAUGGACACCUUCUCCAAGUCAGAUCCAGUGGUGGUGUUGUACGUGCAAGGCCUGGGGACCAAGGAGUGGAGAGAGUUCGGUCGGACAGAAGUGAUCGAUAACACGCUGAACCCCGACUUUGUGAGGAAGUUUGUCCUUGAUUUCUUCUUUGAGGAGAAGCAGAACCUUCGCUAUGAUGUGUACAAUGUGGACACGAGGAGCUCCAACCUUUCAAAACAUGAUUUCUUGGGUCAGAUGUUCUGUACGCUGGGGGAGAUCAUCGGCUCCACUGGUAGCAGGCUGGAAAGGACUCUCUCGUAA